AAUGCUCAAGAACGCAGUCGCAUUGGUAACUGGCGGAGCUUCGGGUCUUGGCCGUGCCACGGUAGAACGAUUCGCCCGCGCCGGGUAUAAUGUGCUCCUCUGCGAUCUACCUACCUCCAAGGGCAACGAAGUAGCGAAAGAGCUGGGUGAGAAAGUGGUGUAUGUGCCGGUGGAUGUUCUAUCUGAGAAGGAUGUGAGCGGUGCGCUAGAACUGGCCAAAAGCAAAUUCGGUCGGCUGGAUGUGUCGGUUAACUGUGCCGGCAUUGCGGUUGCCGUCAAGACGUACAACUUCAACAAGAAGGUGGCACACAAGCUGGAAGAUUUUCAGCGCGUCCUGCUGGUAAAUACGGCCGGUACGUUUAACGUGAUCCGUCUGUCGGCGGGAUUGAUGGGCGAGAAUGAACCGAAUGCUGACGGUCAGCGAGGUGUCAUCGUGAAUACGGCUUCGGUCGCGGCUUACGAUGGACAGAUUGGACAGGCGGCCUAUUCCGCUUCGAAGGCGGCAGUCGUCGGUAUGACGUUACCGAUCGCUCGUGAUCUUAGCACGCAAGGCAUCCGGAUUGUUACCGUCGCUCCAGGGCUGUUCAACACUCCUAUGCUACAGGCUCUGCCAGAGAAGGUAAGGGCGUUCCUGGCCAAAACGGUACCAUUCCCACAGCGGCUGGGUGAACCGGCCGAGUAUGCCCAGCUAGUGCAGAGCAUCGUCGACAAUCCCAUGCUGAAUGGGGAAGUCAUCCGCUUGGAUGGAGCGCUCCGUAUGAUGCCUUAAGC